AUUUUCAUUCGCCCCCAAACCCCCCACUUCUUCCUCCCUCCAUAAAUACACUAGCUAGCCACACUCUACUCUGUCCAGACUGAAGUUACAGAUUAUAAUUUCUCAGAUAUUGAGUGUGGGCAGGAAAAAAAAUGGCUUCAGUUAGUUCAUUACUCUGCAUUGCCAGUCUCCUCUAUUUACUGACGGCUACUAGCGCUAAAAUCCGGGGAGCUUACACCGGCGGCCCCUGGCAGCCCGCUCACGCCACUUUCUACGGCGGCAGUGACGCCUCUGGCACCAUGGGCGGUGCUUGUGGGUAUGGGAAUCUGUACAGCCAAGGAUACGGAGUGAACACCGCAGCUCUAAGCACGGCGCUGUUCAACAAUGGACUGAGCUGUGGGGCUUGCUUUGAGAUAAAAUGUGACGUUGGGCAGGACCCCAAGUGGUGCAACCCGGGUAACCCAUCAAUUUUUGUUACCGCUACUAAUUUCUGCCCUCCUAACUUUGCUUUGGCGAGUAAUAAUGGCGGGUGGUGCAACCCUCCGAGAACCCACUUCGAUCUCGCCAUGCCAAUGUUCCUCAAGAUCGCCGAGUAUCGCGCUGGCAUCGUCCCCGUCAACUUCCGCCGGGUACCUUGUAGGAAGCAAGGAGGAAUCAGAUUCACAAUCAACGGUUUCCGUUACUUCAAUCUACUUAUGAUCACCAACGUCGCGGGUGCUGGGGAUAUUGUGCGCGUGAGCAUAAAAGGCACGAACACCCAAUGGUUGCCAAUGAGCCGAAACUGGGGGCAAAACUGGCAAUCCAAUGCAAUUCUUGUUGGCCAGGCUUUGUCCUUUAGAGUUACGUCCGGUGACCAUCGGUCAUGCACCUCCAUGAACGUGGCACCAGAUAAUUGGCAGUUUGGACAGACCUUUAUGGGCAAGAACUUCAAGGUUUAAGAAAACAUAAAUAAGUCCCAAUAUUUAAGACUUACUAUUACUAGGUUUUCACUACUUUUCAACCUUCAAAAUUCCCACUUUUUCUUGGGAAAAGUUGAAGAUAGAAUAUUAAAAUAGGAUAAGUAAAAGUGAGGUGUGUGGUUUUUCUACUUUUGCUGGUUGUGUUGCAAGUUUUUAUAUUGUGUUCGUGAAGUGUGGAGGCUGAAGCGGCUGCAAGAAAAGGAAAGGAAGUAAAUGUAGCCCGCAGGCUCUAUUUAUUAUGAUACUAUGUAAAAGUUGUUCUGUUUAGCAUUCUUAUAAGCAAUUUAUAAGCACCAUUGAAGUA